AUGGCGCCGCCCACCUCCCCCGCGGCCGUCGCGGCGGCCGCCCGCGCGGCGCCCACUCCGGCCGCGGCGCUCGCGCUCUUCAAGUCGGCGCUGUCCGCCGACCCGGCGCUCUCCCCGCUCGCCGUGCUGCCGCACCUCUCCGCCACCCCGUCGCUGCCCCACCUGCUCCUCACCGCCUCCAUCGCCGGCCGCCCGCACACCACCUCGCUCAGCCUCUACUCGCGGCUCAAGUCGCUCUCCCUCCCCAUCCCCACCGCCACGCUCCACCCGCUCCUCUCCUCCCUCCCCUCCGCCCCCGCCUUCGUCCUCUUCGCCGAUAUCUUCCGCCUCCGCCUCCCGCUCUCCGCCACCACCUUCAACAUCAUGUUGCGCCACCUCUGCUCCUCCGGCAAGCCCGCCCGCGCGCUGGAGCUCCUCCGACAGAUGCCCGGCCCCAACGCCGUCACCUACAACACCAUCAUCGCCGGGUUCUGCGCCCGCGGCCGCGUCCAGGCGGGGCUGGAUAUCAUGCGGGAGAUGCGGGAGCGGAGCGGUAUUCCGCCCGACAAGUACACCUACGCCACGGUUAUCUCCGGAUGGUGCAAGGUCGGCAAGGUCGAGGAAGCAGCCAAGGUGUUCGACGAAAUGCUGGCUAAGGGAGAGGUGGAGCCAAAUCCGAUGAUGUACAACGCGCUGAUAGGCGCAUACUGUGACCGGGGAAAUCUGGAGGCCGCGCUGCGUUGCCGGGAAGAAAUGGUAGCGAGGGGGGUUUCCAUGACAGUCGCGACAUACAAUUUGUUUGUGCACGCGUUGUUCAUGGAAGGGCGUGCUGCGGAGGCGCAUGCAUUGGUUGAGGAGAUGGGUGACAAGGGGCUUGCACCAGAUGCGUUCACGUACAAUAUAUUGAUCAACGGUUACUGCAAGGAGGGCAAGGAGAAGAAAGCAAUGAAGAUGUUUGAACAUAUGGCUGCGAAAGGGAUUCGUACGACCGUGGUGACCUAUACGUCUUUGAUAUAUGCCUUGUCCAAGAAGGGGAUGGUCCAGGAGGCUGAUAGUCUGUUCAAUGAGGCUGUGAGGAGAGGCAUCAGGCCUGACCUUGUCAUGUACAAUGCCCUGAUCAAUAGCCACUGCACCGGUGGAGAUAUGGACCGGGCAUUUGAGAUCAUGGGAGAAAUGGAGAAGAAGAGGAUCACACCAGAUGACGUGACAUACAAUACUCUGAUGAGGGGGCUGUGCUUGCUGGGGCGUCUUGAUGAAGCGCGUGGGCUCAUUGACAAAAUGACAAAGAGAGGUAUCAAGCCAGACCUUGUCAGUUACAACACCCUGAUCAGCGGCUACAGCAUGAAGGGUGACAUCAAGGAUGCUCUGAAGGUUCGGGAUGAGAUGAUAGACAAGGGAUUCAACCCAACAGUUAUGACAUAUAAUGCAAUGAUACAAGGGCUCUGCAAGAAUGGCCAAGGAGAGGAUGCAGAGGAGCUGGUGAAAGAAAUGGUGGGCAAUGGCAUCACCCCUGAUGACAGUACAUAUAUUUCACUGAUCGAGGGACUUACCACUGAGGACGAGCGGCUGGCCGCGGAAGAUGCUGUAAAAGCGUGA